AGAAAAAGAUAGAAAACGUGGAAGAGGUGGUCCAGAGCCAGUCAGUUGGGGACACACUACCGCCCCGUCAGCAUGCGCCUUCCCAGUCGCUCCUUCAACUCGAAACAUUUCGUCUAAACUCUCGAACGAAAAUAACUCAAACACAUUCCAUUUGAUUUUCAAUCUCUCUGACAUUUUUGAAAAAGAAAUUUUGACAAGCCAGAAAAGCAAAAAAAGAAAAGAGACAGUUCAGUGCCAACAAGAAAUCGAGACUCGCCAAUUGUUUAAUUGCUAACAUAACCUGUUGGGGAAACCAAAACGUGAGCGUGAAAGUGAAUUCCUGCGUCAGGGUUAGACGGGUGGUGUUUUUUGUAAGUGGUGGUUAGUAAGAAAACAUGCGCCGAGUCGAGAUUGCCUAAUCUCAUCCCGUUCCCUAUCGUUCAUCACCUCUUUUAUUUUGGAUUAAAAACCAACCAGAAAAGACAAACGCAACAAUUGUCAAUCGUCCGCCGGUGAACAUUGGCUCACCCGGCUACCUCAUGCGGGCUACCACCGAUCAACAGUUUAUCCAUCGUGACUGGAUCGUGCUGCGAUUGCUGCUGGACUGACCCUUCAGGCGGUCUGACGCUACACCACCGACUCGCCAUCAAACAUCAUCAUCGACACGCUCCUUUCUGUCCAGCUCCUUUCUAACCAUCGGGAAAAGAAAGAAAGAAACAAGAUGAAGAAAGUGACGAACAACAAUUCAACUUCCGCUGCUGGACCCAAUAAGACUGCUGCCGGGGCAGCCGCUGCCACUCCGCAACACACGUACCGCUGGAUCAGCGUCCUGCUGGUCAUAGGGCACGUCGUGGAGACGGCCCUGCAGAUCUACUUGAUCCACCAUUAUUGGCAGCUGACGACGCGAUGGGCGGCCGGCCUUGCCGCUCUCCUGACGGCCACGGUGGCCAUCAUCAAUGCGGCCAGCAUUAUCGGCGUCCGCCGAGGCCUCGACUUUGCCGACAGGUGGUUCGGCCAGUGCCUCUGUUACGUCAUGCACUUCUCACUGCUGGGCAUGGUGUGGCGAUUCCUCAAGCUCACCUUCCUCUAUGACCGCACCGAUUUACGAGAGUUCGCACUCCUCAGAUUCGUCCAGGUUCACUUGCAGACGAUGCCUUCGCUCCUGUUGCAGACGUGUCUCAUUUACCAGCACGGAUUGCUCAAUGCGGAUGUGACGGCCGUCCCCAUCGGCUUGGCCAUCACUCAGCUGAUCGUCGCUGGAACGACGAUCGCCUUGACGACGCUGGUCCUUUCCAUGCCGACGAGCGGCAUCAUUGCGGCCGCUCCGGCUCCUCAACCGCCUCCCCCGCUGGCCACUUCGAGUGUCAAAUGCGCCGACGAGGAGAAAAUGAUUACGGCCUUCCCGUCUCGGCUGCGACAGAAGGAGGAACGCGGAUGCAGCGGCCAUCAGUGCAUCAUCACGGCCGUUAGGAGCAUCUGCUUGCUCUGGUGCCGGACCGUAGCGGUCGGCGUCUUUAUGACGGAAUUCCACGUCUGGACGUUGAUCGUCUUUGGUGUCCAUUGGUGCAUCACUCUUCUGUGGCUGGUCCUGCAGGAUUCCGCCUCGGAAUUGCCCAAUUCCGGCUACGCCACAGCCCCACCCUCGCCGGCCGUUUCGCUCUUCCGGCGAGCUCUGGUGGCUUACCUUUUGGUCUUCGAUUGGCCUCCGCGCUACCAGCCCAAACAUUCGGGUUGGAGUGCCAGCCACAAGGCCGUCAACCCGGCCGCCAUCGUUCCGGCUGUUGGAUCCUGGUUGGACGUGGUCGGACUGGGCGGUGAGCCCCGUUCGGUGGCCGUCGCUCUUUAUUACGGCAUCAGUGGCGUCGAGAAUGCGGCAAUGCUCUCCCUGUGGUUCCAUUUCGCUCCUCCUUCCAUCCUGGUGCCACCCGUCGCCCGUCUGACGACGCUGGCCACCUGCACCGCCGCCUUGACUUUGGGCGUCUUGUGUGUCGUGGCUUCGACCCAAGGACCCGAUGAGGAAACGCCCUCGUCUUCGUCCAGCUCGUCGGCCACUUUGACCUCCAACCGAACGACUUACACGACGUCCGAUUCCACUUCCUUGUCCGCCUCUUCCGCAUCCAACACCUCCUCCUUGAAACCCGCCGCCGCCGCCUUCGUUCCACCCUGCACUGUCACCCAGCAACGGGAGAUCCGCACCGUGGUGGCUCAAGUUCAUCCGCCGAGGCCGACGACGACCAGGUUGACUCAAGCGGCGCUCAACAUGGCGGCCAAUCACAGUCAUCCGCCCAUGGAGCCGCCACCACCUCCGCCGCCGGAGACGACAUGGGAGAGGGCCAUCAGUGUCUGCGACGACGAGUCGUCCAACAGCCGCAACACCAACACGAUGGAUGGAGCCUUGACGUUGGGACCCGGAAGCGGAUCCGGAUCGUGUCCCAGUCCUCCACUUUACAACGUCGCCAUCAGCGGCGGCCCGUCUUCCAGUCCCGUUGUCAACAUGAGCACUCACCCAGUGCCGGUCCAGCACAGGAGCCACCAGGCCAGUCCGUUCAGGGACCCCAGCACGUUCACGGCCAGCCAGAACUCUUACCGUGUGGCCAAAACCGUUGGAACGGCCGGAUUGGCCAAGACGUCGGCCAUUCUGGCCCAGCAGAUGGAUGUCAUGGUCAAACGGCCUUACCUUUCCGGCUGUCCUCUGUCGUCGACGCCGCGACUUGUCCGUCGCAAUUCCUCCUUCGGCUCGUCGCUGAUGAUCAAGUCGACUCGCUCAUCCGCAGCUCGCGGAGGAGUUUGCAAAAGCGGAAUCCGAUCGGCUCACACGACCGGGCGCCAUCGCCGCCGCCACCGCGCCCAUCAGAACCACCACGGCUGCCGGCCUCGAGGCUCCAAAGGAGCUUGCCACUGCCGGAUCUUUGACGACUACGGCAUGGGCAUCCUCAUCAAGGAGAACCCCAUUUCCAAGAGCGGGACGCUGACCAGCGGCGGCCGCAACUCUUCCGGCCGCUUGAGUCACGGCCUGUUCACGACGGCCGAGACGGACGCCAGCAAACCGCAGCUGCAAAUCAGGUGCGCCAAGUGUCUGGGAGCUCACGAUCCUCUGCUGACCAAUUGCGUUCGAAGCAAACGCCAGUCGAUGGCGGCGGCCAAGGCGACGGGCAGCGGAGUCAAAUCUAAAACGCUGCCGUCGCGUCACCACAAGAUUUCCGGCGCCCGCACACAGCACCCGCGCCCUCAACUGGACACGUCCAUGUGCAGCACCAAUUAUCCGUCCGACACGGAAGUCACGUGCACCGGUGGACGGAGGUCCGUUUCAUCCUCGUCCGGCAGCUCCACCGACGGAUCGUCGACCAGCAGUUUGGACUCGGACGCCACUUACACGACGUGGCCGCCUUCCAUCCGCAUUCCGAGCAUGGAGCGUCUACUCUCCGAGAAUACUGAUCCGUCGCCAUGGAAUUACGUCCAGGCUUGGCUGGUCAACGCCAACCAGCCGCAAACGCGUCCGCGCCCGCUUCCGGCCGGUGCCGCCAGUGGCACCGGUACGGCAAGAGGUACAAUUGCCGCCAUUGGGACGGCCAAGCGGAUCGUCAAGCGACUUGGCGGCUCUCCGGUUUGCGGUGCCCAGGCCGGUCAGGUCCAGUACUUGAUGCGUCCCCAUCGACACAACCACCAGGCCGUCGGCGGAGUCCAGGAUGUUUACAGCGCCUACUGCACCGUCCCUCCGCGACUCGGUCAGACCGUCAAGGAACUGAGCGUCGUCCGGCGGAGUCAGAAAUCGUCGGCCAGCCCGGCAGCUGUCGAGCAUCAGUACAGCACGCCUUCCGUGGUGCAGUACAGCACUCCCACCAGCAGUACGACCAGCGCCGGCCUGGAAAUUGUCGUUUAAAUUCAAAUGAAAUCCCCUGAUAUUUUUAAAUGUUCUUUUAUUUACUUUUUGUUCUGUUGACGUGUAAUAUGCGAAUUUUAAAUCUCCGAUGAACAUUUGUGAGUGUGUGUGUGUUUUUGUCAAACAACGUCAUGAUAGACUAUGUACAUUCCGACGUGAUUGUGGCUGUCAUUUGUUGCAUAUAUUAUAAAUAAGAUGAUUAUCAUAAUAAUAAUACAGUAUGUCUGUUUUGCCCUGUCA